AUGACGGUCCUCGGAGCCAAAAGCCAUCUCCCGCCGCGGCUCACCCUGCUCCAAAGACUCCAACUACUCACAAGGGUACUCGUCUCCCUCCCCCGUCUCAUCUUCAGCAUCACGCGGGACCUCCUCUUCAACAAAGACUCCGCCUCAUUCAGAACAAUCUGGAUGAGAAACACCGCCCGCCUAGCCGACUCGCUCCCGCUCCCUCAGGCACGCGCUCUCCAACGCCCAUCAGGAAGCACCAUCGCCUCACUCUGUAAAGCCCACCACCUCCGCCAUGAGACCGUCGAACUAGACGCAGGCGGCGCCUUGCCCCGCGCGACCCUGCACUUCAUCGACUGUGAUCCCGCCGCGCGCGGGAACGUGCUACUUUAUUUCCACGGCGGCGGGUACAUCACCCCGCUAUCCACCGGCCACUUCAAGUUCGCGCGCGCAGCCGCACAAAGACUAACCGCGAAAUGCGUCCUGCUCGAGUACACACUCGCGCCGGAACUCAAGUACCCGGGCCAACUCGCGCAGGCGGCCGCCGCGCUGCGGUACCUGCUGCAGGACCAUGAUGCCGCGGAGAUCACGAUAGCGGGCGACUCGGCGGGUGGGAAUCUUGCGCUGGCGGUUGUGGCGCAUCUGCGGGAUCCGCAUCCGCUUGUUCGGUCUGUUUUUGAUGGGGUUCAGCAGGAGCAGCGGCAGCUCCGUGCGGCGCUGUGUAUUAGUCCUCGUUGUGCGAAUACGUGCUCCGCUGCGAGCUAUACGUAUAACGCUUCGAAGGAUAUUGUUAGUAAGGCGUCGAUGGAGGUGUUUAAUUCGCAUUGGCAGCCUGUGAAGGAGGAGGUUUGGGCGACGCCGCUGGCUGGGACGAAGGAGUUUUGGGGUUCGGUUCCUGCUAAGAAGGUUUUGCUCCUGGCGGGUACGGACGAGGUUUAUGUGGAUGAUAUCCGGGAGUUUGGGGAGUUGCUUGGUUCGUCGAGUCCGGCUGCUGACACCGAGCUUGUUCUGUGUGCUGGAGAGACACAUGUACAGGCCAUUCGUGAUAUAGCCGUGGAUAAUUGGGACGGUGUCAUGCUAAAGGUUGCUCUCAACUGGCUACAGAAUCUGGGGAAGCUAAAUGACCCGGGAUCACUGUUGCCACCAAAUUCGAAAGGAGUUUGCGCGGUAUGGAACGACACUAUCAUCGGUUACGACGGAUUAUGA